AUGUCGGCCGUGGCUGCCUAUCAGUCCGCCGAAUCAAUGCUGUUGCAUCCGACUGCGAUUCCCCUGUCGGCUUCCGCUCCUCGACUCUUCAAACCUACAGCGCGAUUUCGGACGAGGCUGAAGACGCUCCCCAAGAUCUCAACCGGUGCCAGUGGCUCUAGUACGGCUGCCGUGACUACAUGCAAGCAGCUCAAGAAGGCAAGGCUGGCCGAUGAGAGAGAGAAGACGCUUUGGUGGGCCGAUGUAUGCGGUCCUCUGCCCGCUCUCGAGCCUUUGCGCCUGAGCUCGUACAGGGAAGGAGGGCUGACUGCGAAGAGUAGGCAAGAAGAGCUCGAUGACGCGGAGUCAAAGGCCAGCGGAGCUGCGAAAGAUGUUUCGAUCGAGGACGCGAAUCGGCACUCAUCAGCUGACUCUGGCGUAGUAGCAUCCGCAACACCUUGCCCCACGACCACUUUGCCUACAUUCUUGGAAGAAGACCACUGCGCGCCCAACAAGUCUGGAGGAAUUCCACGAGCGGGCACCAAAGAGGGAUCUUUGUCGUCCUUAGAUCGAGAUCGCCUUCAGAUUGAAGCAACUCGUCAAUCAAGCAUUGUGGAUGCGAAGCAGCCAGCUGAAAGCGAAGGCGUGACCCACAUGGCCAUUCAUCUGCCUAGGACCCCGAUAGCAUCGCGUCCCAAUCAUGCGCGUGCUCCCAACUUCGACGCAGAAGAGCGCUUUGCCGGGCUGAUCCCGCCUCUUAGACCUCCUCGCCAUCCCAUGAGAGGAUGGGCUUCCGAGGCUCAUUGUUUUGCCACAUGCAUCGGAACGGGCUUCGAAGAUCGAUCGGGCUUGAGGUAUAGAGGAAGCGCUUCGAGCCUCGUUGAAAAGCCCGAGGGGGCUCCCACACAAGCGCCACGUCCAGGCAAGAAGCAAAAGAGCGACUUUGUCAGUCGCUUUGCCUUUCAGCAUUUGAGGGCGCCUGUAGAGUGGGACUGCAACGCGAAGCAGGAAAAAGACUCAAAUACGCUCGCUCUGACGCCCCAAGAAGCUUGUAGGAGAUUCUCGACGUGUUCGUCUUCUCGAGCGCCUCCGCCGCAUUUGA